AGGUGUUUGACUUUAUUUACUCUCCUGUACUCUCACACAUUCAUUCAUGCAUCAGUCAUGCUCCGGUCUUUCCAGGUGGAGGGACAAUGACGCUGCCUGCCUGACAAUCUCUUCUCAUUAUCAUUUCCCCACCCCCUCCAUCCGUCUCCCUCUACAGCUGGAUAAGCCAACCACUAACCAGCUUGACUCUCUCUAACAGAAGAGGGAUUUGAAGAUUGCAUCCUCACAUUUGUAAUCAGAUGUAGGAGAGGAUUAUCUCGAGGUCUCCUCCAUCUUGUUCGCAGCCAGGGUCUGCUGAGACAAAGGAGGAAGAAAAAAGAGGACUGUGGGGAGAGAACAGAGAGGGAUCACAUGCUGUCAGUGAAUGGAGCGUAGUUAAAGAUAGAGAGAGGGAGAGGUCACCUGUAGAUGUGAGGAGGGGGAGGAGGAGGAGGAUGAAGGCUUUCUAAAGAACUGCAGUCUUCACACAUCCAAAAGGGAAAGGAAAGAGGCUCAGCAGCAAGUAUUUCACUGUGAAAGGUUUUCCAUGGCAGAGGCCAGGUGUCCUGUGUCAGAGCGGUACCCACCAGGGGGAGCUGUUCCCUUGGAAACUACCCUUUCUAGUCAGACCCUCUUUGACACCUCCAACCGCUCAACACCGGCAAUAACAGCCUCCAGACUGGCUGGAAGAUCAGGUAACACCUCCCAGGAGGAGCCGAAGGAGGCCAGUGAGAUCUGUAAAGAACAUUUUGAUACUUCUCCUCCCAGAGAAACUAACUGCAAUAACCUGAGGGUCGGCGGAGAACCUGGCGGACAAGAACAAAGCAAAUGUGAACACUGUGCUCCCCCCAAGGCUUCAAACAACCCCCACAGUCUGGCUGAGACGCAUACACCCUCACAUCACAAAGAGCCCGGUGUGAAUGCAAUCAGUGGUAGCUGUCAGGCUGACAUGACAGUGCCGAGCAUAAAGCCAGCCUCACUACCUGUUCACAGGAGUCACUCAGACGCUCUAGUUAAACAAGCAGUGGCCCCCCAGGCUCAAAGCAGCGAGACUUGUGGACUUGUUUACCUUGGCGGAGAUAAGAGUGUUCAAGAGGCUGAGAGUUACUCCAUGUUAGCCUGUAAGCAGCCCAUGCAGCUGCAGCAGUGCAACAUAAUUACCACUAUUUGCAGAGGGCCAGCCAGUGGGGAAGGUGGCGUCCAGCAGCCUCAGAGCAGGUGUGUCUGUGUCUUGUCCCCCAAGGUAACAGCCAAAAUGGAGGGUGUUGAAGAAAAGGGCCACAUCCUCCCUAAAUGCGACAAGGCACUCUGCUAUGGCUCUUACAACCAUCAUGUAAAUUUCGAGGACACAUUUGCUGCUUACUGCCAUCCCCAACCUAUCCCGGCCCCCUCCCAGCUGCUGCCAGGCGGAGAGCCAAACUGUGACCUCCAGCGUGCAGCAGCACCUCCUUCAGCGACGAGCCACCUCUCCCUGCCUCGCCUCAUCUCCUCUGUCAGUGAGACGGGCCUGGAUGCCAAACAUCUGUUACGGUGCUGCAACCUGGGCUGCUCUUGGGUCAGCGUACUGCCGCCUGGCGCCGGGCCACAGUCCCAAAAACACUUUGGUGUAGAAGACUACUGCAGCAGUCCCAUUGGCCAUGUCAGAACCAUAACCCGUGACAUGGGGACUAUGACAGCACACAGGGAACUGAGGGAUGUUGGGGUGCAGACAGGACAGACUGUCACACCUCAUGUCUUUCCCCAGGUCUGUCUGGCAGAGGACAGCAAGGGUGAGAGCUCCUGCAGCCACACAACAAACACUGACAAUGAUGGAGGUAAGAAGCAGGGAGGCGCUCCCAAGUCCCCAGUGAAGGAGGUGAAGUGGGAUGCUGAGGGAAUGACAUGGGAGGUCUAUGGGGCCUCUGUGGACCCCGAGGAGCUAGGCCUGGCCAUCCAGAAACACCUGGAGCUGCAGAUCAAGGAGACAGCGAUCCAUGCAGCCAAGCUGACGCGGCAGAACACCAACACCUCACGGAAGGGCAGCAACAACGACCGUCAGAGAAAGAGGAGCAGAUUGAUGGGAUCCAUCCCAACACCGGCCUGCUGCGCUCGCAGCACUGCCGUUGUCGACUAACUGACCAGCUGACUAAUGGGCGGGUCAGAACCUGAACACUGUGUUCAGUAACUAGUGAGACUACUAUGAACCUCAAAUGUCACCCUUCUUAUCAGAAGGUCAGUGGAAGUUAGAAUAAUCUGCAUACCAAGAUCAAUGGAAAAGUUAUAUAUGAAAUUCAGACUUGCUAUUGAAAAAGGGAAAUCCAAAGAAAAAGUGCUGAAAGGGAAACUGAUGAUGAACUAACAACAGCUUUAUAUGCUAUUAUUCGCUUUCUAUGGUUCAAUAUCUUAGCUAUUGUAAUCCUGACUCCUGCUGUGCACUACCAGUGUUAUCAUACAGGCGUGUCAUCAGAUACAACAGUCCUCUAAUAAAUACUACUCUUGUAAAGCUUACAAUGAAUGUGUUAAAUGUUUGGACUGGAAUAUAAUCUUUUACAAUACAGAGACACCUUAACCCUUGACCAGCAGCUGGCCCUAACUCACACUGUCUCACCGUCACCCCCUGCUGCUACUCCUGUGACACACCAAUAGAGAAUAUGUCAGUAUUUAGAUCAGUAUCAGAACUGGUGUGUGUGGUGAUAUCUGCUAGAAGAACAUGAGUGGCACAUGUUGGUAGAACAGGAUACCACUGGUCAUUUUUCAAUCCUUAGUCUUUCCUUUAGUGUCACCCUCAGGAAAACCUUUAACUCCACUUCUGGUGAGGCCAACACUAUUAUUAUUGAAAAUAAUAAUUCAGGUGGUGUAAAAUAAGUAAAUCAAACUGGAUUGGUCAUUAAGUGUAUAAAACACCAUAUAGUGGUUUGCCUUUCAAAUGUAUGUGAAAACGUUUGUUUUCACCACUAAUUUGAAAGUAAAGGUUUGUAAAACAAUCUUGAUUUGAGUGUCCAGCACUCAGAUUAAAAAUUGUUGUAACUGUUAAAACUUUUCAAUGGAUUAUCCAAUCAAUCAAUGACAUAGACAGAGGAUCAUAGGCCUGGUGAACUAGUCAAGUCAAGUCAAAUUUAUUUAUAUAGCACAUUUCAUUCAGUAGGUGUAAACUCAAUGUGCUUAAAGUGAAAAUCAUACAUGACAGAAAUAUACAAUUUACAUACUCUAAACAUUACAUUAACAUUAUAUAUAGAACAGAUACAAUAAACCAUAAAAUAAUGUGUCAUACAUAAAAAAAAUAUAAAAACAUAUAAUACAGCAUAAAAAAUAAUGGUAGAGUAGGGUAAGAGGUAGUGGUAUUAUCAUUGUUAAAAGAAACAACAAUAGUACUGCUUUUAAAAGAGCCUUUUACCCUUUACCCAACUAAAAGCUUGAGAAAAAAGAUGUUUUUAGUCUGUUUUUAAAGGAAGACACUGUUGUAACAGACCUGAGUUCAUGUGGUAAAGAAUUCCAGAGAGUAGGACCAUAAUGACUGAAGGCACCAUGAGCUUUACUGUUUAUUUGAUGAUCUCAAGGAUCUGUCUGGCGUGUAUUCAGAGAGCAUGUCAACAACAUAAGAGGGAGCUAGGACAUUCAUAGCUUUAAAAACAAGAAAAAGUAUUUUAAAAUGUAUUCUUUGCUUUACUGGUAGCCAGUGAAGAGUGAUUAAAACAGGACAACUAAAAAAGACAUUAUUUGAUAAUCUUAACAACAACACUCAACAAUACAGUGACAUUUUUAUUUAUCUUUUAACUGUGCCACAAUAUGGUGGUGAGUAAUUGCGUAGAUAUUUUCUUAAAUAACUCCUUGCACCAUAGUUUAAUAAGAAAGUGGCUAAAAAAUUGACCUAUUCCAUAUAUGUGUUGGACUUGGAAAUUGCUCUGGUCCAGAUUACUUCUCACAUUUGCACUUGCACAGACGUCUGCACUUCCACUUUGGCAUUGUGAACUUGCACUGAGAGAAGGUUGGCCUAUUUGUACAAGUACUUGUACAAGUGCAGUUUACAUCCAGUUGGAAUACAUAAUUGGCAGUACAUCUCCUCCAUGCCCUCCAAACAUCAUCACUUGGGAUGGUGCAUACUGGAGACACAGAUGUUGUCGUAAUUCUUCUGAGUGAUUUCCAUUGUUCCAAGGCUCUGAAUACAACCACAGGAAUCUGGAUCUCCUUCAAAGCUGAAAAGACAACCGGAAUAAUUUCUCUGAACACUACUUCCACAAACCUGUGCACAACAACCUGCAAAGCCAUGGCUCUCUUUAUGCAUUUACUCGAUCAGACAACACAUCUUCCUUAAAGUUCAAGGGUAAGCAGUGCUGUGGCAAGUUGAUGUACAAAGUGCCUCAUGGAGGAAUUUGCAACUAUUGUCAACACGAUGUUCUCACCAUCGCCAAAGCUGAAAGAAUGGCAACAAACUUUGUCUGUAGGCUGUACUCCGAAGAGCCAAACAAGGACAAUGCUAUUCUCGAAGAAGACAGGGGAAGUGGAGAGAAUUCACCCAACAAGUGAUGCUUUGGAUCAACACUUCAAAAGAAGUGUCUUCCAAGCAAGUAUCUGAACAACAGGUGGAAGGAAGAGAAUGGCAAGCUGCUUCCGUUUUUGGACCAAGCUUCCCCUCACCAAGCAUCUAUUCAGCCAUAUAAGUAAUUUGUAAUUUAAUUUAUUUCAAGACAGGGACAGCGCACAAUAAGACAUAACCUUGUUAAUGCCAGGUUCUAGCAGAUUACUAUUUUCCACCUGUAGUUCCUGGGCAGGUUGACACACACACACACACACACACACACACAGUGUGAGUACUUGUACUUGUGACAUACGUAUACAGAUUAGGUUUUCCACUUUCUAUCUUUUUUAUUUUUAUCACCCAUCAUCGUGAUCCUAGGCGAUACCUCGUCCUUGGGAGGAUCACGUUAUUCCCACCGGUUCCUCUCCCUCCCAUCAGGCGCCCCGACCGACCAGAGGGAGGCUCUAUAGCGACCAGGAUCAAUGCAUGUUUUUGUUAGACAUGGAGGUGGGGGCACGCCUCCAACACCCACAGCGUCCUGGUGGGAAUCGAACCCAGGACCUUCUAGCUGUGAGGCGGGAGCGCUACCAACUACAAGUUAUUGAAUUAUUAAAUUAAAUGUAUUAAAUUAAAGUUAUACACAGUGGCACAGUUAAAAGAUAAAUAAAAAUGUCACUGUAUUUUUGGGAAUGAUUGUAGUUAGAGAAUUAAAAUUCAAUUAAAUAACUUAUUAUUUAGCUCACCAGACUUAUGAUCCUCUGUCUAUUUUUGUGGAUGGGCACCAAUACCGGAAAAAAAUAUGGCUUCUAUGGGAAAUAUGCUUGAAAUACCAGAAAAAAUAAAUUAUAAUAGCCAUACAUACCAUAUUUUGCUAAGACCGCUGGGGGUCGGGAACCACUGACACCACCUAGAGGCAAAUUUUUAAUCUCAGUGCUUGACACAAACCAAAAUUGUUCUGUAGACCCUUACCUUCAAAUCAGUAUUGAAAACUAAACAUCACUUUGAAAUUAAAACGACAAAUGACCUGUACACGGCACCCCACUAACAUUCCCACUGUGAAACACAAGCAUACUGCCAGGUUUUGUUGUUCCUGGGUGAAAAUGAAUGAUUCAGUAACUUUUAUUUGAGAAAACAUACAACCCCUCAAUGAAUUAAACAAGUUAAGUUAUCAGUUUAAAUAUAUUUAUACAGUAUAUAAACUGUAAGGUAUUAUAAUUUACAGUAAUUUAAGACAGACUUCACGCCUUACACUGUAAAAAAUGUCUGUACAUUUUACGGUGAAAAGCUGCUAAACCAUGUAUUGUAAGCAGUAUUUUUUUUAAUACAGUUUUUUUUUUUGAAAAAUACUCUACUGUAAAAUUCACUGGCACCGUGUUUUAGCAAAAAUAUACUGUAAUAUAUAUAUAUAUAUACAAGCCAUCAUUGUUUGCAUUUAUUUUGUAAAAUUAUUUUUUCUAACUGUUAAAUGUACUAAACACCAUAUCUCUAACAAAAAUAGACUGU